AUGAACAACUCUACGGUUGCAACUGAGCCAGCAAGUCCUACUUGGGAAUUCGCACACUCCUAUCCCAUUGUCACUCUCCUAAGUGUCUCCUAUGCGACUAUUUUCAUCGCAGGACUGCUCGGCAAUUUCGCAGUCAUAACUAUCGUUCUACGCAACCAUCACAUGCGGUCGGUGACUAACAUCUUCAUUUGCAAUUUAUCAGUAGCGGAUCUGCUUGUCACUGUCUUUGUGGAACCGUUAACUCUCCUCCAGAAUAUUGUCGUGGGUGCGUCGAUUAACUUGCUUUAUCUGUAUGCGGUAAAGGCAGGGGGUGUUAAGACCCAUCCACCAGAUCAGGCGUCACCUAAUUCUGUUGAUUUUAUAAUGAACCACAAACUGCGCGUUUGGCUGUAG